AUGCAAAAUUCAUCCUUCGGUACUUACUUUUUACUGUCUGCUUAUGGAAAUAUAAUUAACUCAAACUAUUUAUAUUUCUCCAUUGUAUUAAUCCUAUACCUACUAGUUAUUACCCUCAAUCUAAUAUUUAUCUCAGUAGUGUAUUUAGAGAGAACUCUUCAUAAACCAAUGUACAUUUUUAUGUGUAAUUUGUCAGCUAAUGAGUUAUAUGGCAGCACUGCAUUAUACCCCUUUCUCUUAAAUAAUUUGUUAUCAGAUUCUCACGACAUUUCUCGAAUUAGCUGCCUAAUACAGGUUUUUCUUAUACACUUGUAUGGAUCUUUGGAAUUUACCAUUCUAACAGUAAUGAGUUAUGACAGGUAUGUGUCAAUAUGUUAUCCAUUACAGUAUCCAGUCAUUAUGUCUCCUUUCAAAAUUGGCCUACUGAUUGUGUUAAUAUGGGUGUUCAAUAUCUUUAAAGUAAGCAUAACUUUGGUGUUAACUGCUGGGUUACCACUGUGUGGAAAUAUCAUAGAAAAAGUAUAUUGUGAUAAUUUUUCAGUAGUUAAACUAGCAUGCAAUGAUAUCACCAGUUUAAAUAUUUAUUUACUUACAAAUAUAGCAACUACAGUUUGCAUACAAUGUUUUCUGAUUAUUUGGUCAUAUGUAAGAAUUCUCCAAGUAUGUCUUAAAUUCGGCAAGGAGUCUCAAGCAAAAGCUGUAGCAACCUGCACUCCACAAUUAAUAAUAAUAAUCAAUUAUGGAAUUGCCUGCUCUUUUGAGACAAUUCAGAGUCGAUUCAACAUGAAACAUAUACCAAUUGUGGUACGCAUAAUACUGUCAGUUUACUUUCUAGUACUUCCUCCCUUACUAAAUCCAGUUAUUUAUGGAGUAAAAAAUCAACAAAUAAAGAUGACUGUUAAAAAAAUAUUUCUCACAAAAAUAAAAGGAAAUCAGAUUUAUGGAUAAAAAGUAUCUGAGCUAGUUUGAAAAGUCAGGCUAAAGAAGCUCCAACCUGUUAUGGAUAUAAAGAAAUUUCAAGCAAAAAAAACACAAAACCUUUGGACUAGUGUGCUUCUGUGAUAUUAAAAUUAGCUUCAUUACUUUUCAUUACUGUUUGCUUAAAGAUAGCAGAAUUUGAAUCCUGUGCAUGGAUUUAUAUUGUUUGAGAGUGUAGCAGAGAUCUGAAGUUAUCUCACAAGUU